AUGGCAAAACAGAUGUCGCAUGAGCCGGAUAGCAUACCAGCCAUCAUGACCAAUCGAAGCGCAGCACCUGUGGGGAGAAGAGGUCCGGGCGCCAAUGGUGAGGCCGAAAAGCCAAUGAUACCAAGGAGAUGUAGCGUGCAAGAGUUCAGCUUUGCAGCUCAUGUGGAUGGUCAAGAGAAUCAGAGUUUUAUCGAGGAGGUUGCAGCUCCUGUUGUGAUACUGGUUCAUGGAGAGAAACACAACAUGAUGCGUCUCAAGUCCAAGCUUCUUUCGCUCAACAACGACAAAGCAACCAAAACCAAAAUCUUCAGCCCUGCCAACACCGAAGAACUUCGCAUUCCAUUCAAAGUUGACAAGACUGCCAGAGUGGUUGGACAACUUGCUCAGCUUCCUCCGCCCAAAUCCUCGGACCCCGAGGAGGAAAGGCUCAUUACCGGUGUCCUUGUACAGAACGAUUUCAAGAUGUCCCUGAUGGCGCCUGAAGAUCUCAGGGAGUAUGCCGGAUUGAACACGACCACGAUCAUGUGCAAGCAGAAGAUCACGCUAAGCGCAGCUGGGAUCGACUUGAUCAAGUGGGCUUUGGAAGGAACUUUCGGUGCCAUAGAGGAGAUCAAGCCGCAGAAGAAGCCGUCGUCAAAUGGGGCUACUCAGGUCAACGGCAACGGUGUGUCCCAUGAAGAAGAAAUAGCAGACGAAGAGAUUGAAUACUCUCCGCAUGCGGUUGCGUACCUGGUCAUGGGCUGUGUGAUUGUUCGGUACCAGAACAAUGGGCAGGUAGAGGUCGAAUGGGAGGGCAACAUGCUCAAUGAUGGGAUUGCCGAUGCAGUGCUGGCUGUACUAUUCACAGCGGAAAGCAGUCCGGCUGCGGUCAAGCAAUCUUCGAAAAGUCAUCAACACCACCACCAUCAGGGUGAACGCAACCUUCACUCGAACGUCACACCGGAAGAGCGAUUCUCACGUCUCUGCAUGUUCCUUGAAGCCCAAUUUGGUCCCUUAGUCACUCCUCUAGCCAAACCGAAAACCCUCCCUAAGCCGCCGAAGCCUGCGCUUGACGGCGACGGCAUCAAGAACGAGCCCGAGGAAGAAGCAGAUGAAGAUGAUGUGGAGGACCAGGAAGCAGAAGAAAUCGAGAGGUUGCAUAGCAUUGGGAUUCCCGUGCCUGGCGUUCAAAUCAAAGUGGACAAGCAAGUGGUGAAGGUCUGGUUGGAGACGCUGGAGGUGGAGUGUGCGAGUAAUGUGCUCCGGGAGAGGGUGAAGGCGGUGGUCGAGAGGGCGGUAGAAACGGUAGCUCCACUUUGGGGAAAGGGCAAGAAUUGA